AUGUUCAGCGUUCCAUCUUUGACUUUUGUAGGAGACGAUGAAGUCAAUCAUAGGACUGAAUUGAAUGUGUCUGUCGAUAUUAAAUCCAAGCUUCUACCCAAUAGGAUCGGCGACUAUUGA